UCCCACUGGCCGUGAAUGCGUCAGUUGACAUGGGCGCGGCGCUUGCGUGCCGUGUGCAGAAGAGCAGGAGCGCGACACGACACGAGACAACGCGAGACUUUUCACGCCAUUCGGACGCUUUGGGACACUUUGUCUGCGAGGUCUUGUCGGGACGAGGCGGCGGCGGCGGCGGCGGAAGACGAAGACGACGACGACAUGAGCGGCGUGGAGUGCUUCGGCUGCGGUCGAGCGGGACACUGGAUCAAGAACUGUCCCGACGCGACCGGGGGACAGCGCGGCAGCGGGCGCCCCGGCCCCAGAGAUGUGUUUUGCUAUCGCUGCGGCGAGCGAGGACAUUUGGCCCGAGACUGUGAAAGGGCAGAAGACGCGUGCUACAACUGCGGGCGCGUGGGCCACAUCUCGCGGGAGUGCCAGGACCCCAAGAAGGAGCGCGAGCCGCUGUGCUACAACUGCGGCGAGGCGGGUCACGUGGCCCGAGAGUGCCGGCACGGCCGCGAGCAGAAGUGCUACACGUGCGGCGGCUUCGGCCACGUUCAGAAGGGAUGCUGCAAGGUCAAGUGCUACAGGUGCGGCGAGAUCGGCCACAUGGCCUCGCUCUGCGAGCGAGCGUCCGAAGUCGCCUGCUACAACUGCGGCAAGACGGGCCACCUGGCCAAGGAGUGCCCCGUGGACCAGGAGGCUUAGCGCCCGCCGUCUCGGGAGCUCCUUUCGCCCGCCGCCGCUCGGCCGGCUGGAGGAAACGGGGACUCGAGAAGAACAAACUGUUGGGAGGCUUUUUUUUUUUAAUUAUCUUUUAUUAUUAACAAUUUAAUUAUUUCAACAUUUUAAAGGUUGAUGAACCUCCCCGGACUAAUCUUCUGCACACUCCUAUUUACCUCUACCAUACUCUGAUAAAGACGUUCUAUAAUCUUAAACACCUUUUGAACUCAAACAUGCAGUCAUGUACGCAGUUAUUUUUUAAAUUGGUUUACAGUUUGGUUUUAGGCUCGGAAUCUGACAGCACAGACUCAAAAUCCUGCAAUAUGGCAAAUUCUUUUCUGUUUCCAAGGUGCUAUCCCGGCUAUUUUCGGGCAGGAGGCGGGGUUACGACCUGAACCGGUUGCCAGCCAAUCGCAGGGCACAUACAAACAAACAACCAUUGGCACUCACAGUCACACCUACGGGCAAUUUAGAGUCCCCAAUUCAUGCGUGUUUUUGGGAUGUGGGAGGAAACCGGCGUGCCCGGAGAAAAGCCACGCAGGCACGGGGAGAACAUGCAAACUCCACACGGGCGGGGCCGGGGAUCGAACCCCGGUCCUCAGAACUGCGAGGCAGACGCUCUAACCAGUCGUCCACCGUGCCGCCGAAUAAAAUAUUCUGUUUUUUAAAUUCAGUGAAAACGAUCGAGUUGAACAAAUGUUAUUUUUGUACAAGAUGCCACACGGCUGCAAAAUCUCAUUUGUCGGUGGCGGCAAUAAAGUGGAGGAGGAACGUC